GCAGAGUGCGGCGGCGCGGGGCCUGCGGCCUCUCUCUCGAUAUGAACAGCGUGGGCUCCGAGUGUGUGGAGCUGAAGCGGGGCUAUGACCUGUGCUUCAACCGGUGGUUCGCCGAGAAGUUCCUGAAGGGAGACAGGAGCCCGGAUCCGUGCAGUGAGCUCUUCAAACAGUACCAGCAAUGUGUGAAGAAAGCCAUCAAGGAAAAAGAAAUUCCGAUUGAAGGACUGGAAUUCAUGGGACCCAAGCGGGAAAACCCUUACGGAAGCAGUAGCUCAUCAUGAUGUAACAAUAGCAAUGGAUUCUUCCCUCCUAGAUUUCUUUUUCUCGUCAGGUCCAUGUGACUGCAGUAAUGCCCUCCCUGCAGGAAAGUGUCAGUGAUAUGUAGACAUUAGCUGCUGUGAACAGGAUUUGAUAGAAUAAUAUUGGAUUCUUUAGUUAUUGUCGAAACAAAAUUUACAAAUGACAGCAGCCAUCACAAUUUACAAUAGAGAUCAUGUCAUGCAAUAUAAAGAAAUUGAAUGAAUUUUGUAUUUCCCUUUUUAAAGUUUUCUAACAUGUUUGCAAAUUGCAUCUUUGAUGUAAAUGUAGGGAUGACAACCAAAUGUGAAUAUGCUGCUUUGACUGCAAAAAAAAAUCAAUGUUCGCUUCAUGCAACUGAAUGCAUUACAUAUAUAUUAUACAAAGUAACAUUUUAUACCAAAGUUAUAAUAUAUUCUCUUAAACUUUCUUUUUAGUAUUUUUUAAAAUUAUUUUCAUUUAAGUUCACUUAACUGAUGACACAAACCUAUGUUGUGGUCCAGUUACCUAUUUUGAUUUUAUAUGCAUGCAUAUACUGUAAAGUGCCUCCUCAAAAGAUGACCAGUUUGUAUUGAGCUUUAUUGGAUCACAGCAAUAAUCAGCAGCAGUCAGGCUUGUAGGCUGAAUCCAGCUGUUCUACAAAGUAAUCACCUUACUGGUAAUUAGUCUUUCUAAUGUACAGCAGACCCAUAUUGUGAGCAGCAAUUUCAGUAUACUAUAUUGAAAGAAGUUCAAAUACAUUUUCUUUUUCACCUGAAAGGGACUUCUGGGCAGAGAAGGGAGGAGAUGAAAGGCCGGUGUGGCAUCUUUUGUAUUUGCAUGGCAAGCUGCAGUGACGGGUGGAGGGUGUGUUCAGGAGUGGACCAGGAUGAUGGGAUGGAAACUCUCUUUUGGAAUGCUGGCAGGGAAAGAUAUUUGGUGAUUGUUCUCUGGUGUGAGGCUAUCUUGAGAAUGAGCAUUUGUAGAUGGGAUGACAGUUAGGGCAAGGGGAACUUUAUUAUUGUUCUGGGAGGAAGUUUCCAGGUUUCUACUUUUGUCUGUUGUGAUUUAGUUUCUGUUUUGGAACCACAGUAGGAGCACUUAAGUGGAUGAAGUUGAAUAUUGGAAAUACAUUGUGGUGGUUAUGAGGAAAGCAUUAAAUGCAGCAGUUAUUGAAAAGUACACUGAGUAAGCUGCCUCACAGUGCCUGUAGACCUGGGUUCAAUUCCCGACUCAGGCGACUGACUGUGUGGAGUUUGCACGUUCUCCCCGUGUCUGCGUGGGUUUCCUCCGGGUGCUCCGGUUUCCUCCCACAGUCACAAAGAUGUGCGGGUCAGGUGAAUUGGCCAAGCUAAAUUGCCCGUAGUGUUAGGUAAGGGGUAAAUGUAGGGGUAUGGGUGGGUGGUGGGUCGGUGUGGACUUGUUGGGCCGAAGGGCCUGUUUCCACACUGUAAGUCUAAUCUAAACUGCUGCCAAUAUGCACUCCAGUAAAAAGGGGUGAAACUACCAGAAAAGCAAGCAAAAAAAGCUGAUUUUUCUCCUAUAGUUUGGGAAUUGUAUAAUUGCUACGUGCAACCUUGCAGUGAACAAGGGACUGUGGUAAUUUAUUUGUCCAGUGGAAGACUUGUAGGCUAUCAUUUUAAUUUGGUUAUAUGUUGUUCAGACUGAAGAACCAUCGACAAGAGACCAGGCUGGUUAAAGAGGUGGGAAGGACAGGUCAGAACAGGAGUUUUGUUUCCUUGAUGCUUGGAAGGGCUUGCAGUACUCCAGGUGUUGUACAACCAGGACUUUGUAUAGUUGAAGCACCCCAUCCCCUUGUCUGUUAGUCCAUUAGAUAUAUAAGACCACCAUUCCAUGGAAGUUUGGAUUAUUUUCUGCAUACGUUCAUAGCUUUUUAAUGAUUUAUGUAACUACAGUCACAAUUUUCUUUGGACCUCAACACAAACAUAAAAUACUGUAGAUACUGAACAUCUGAAAUAAAAAACAAACUUGGUAGCAAUGCUGUGGAGGUCAGACUAGAGUUUUCUCUAGGGAGAACCACAAUUGAAGUUUCAGGUCAACGAUGACCCUUCAGAACUCUUUGGAUCGCCAGUGUUUCUCACUGUUCAUCACUGAGAAAAUAUGGCACCCUUUAUUAUUUGGAAAUCCAAUUUUGACCUCCUUUACCCCAGUUUUAUCUGUGCAUUUAAUCUCUCGCUGUCUCUUUCUGGUCCUGUGUAGAUGGGGUAUGGGGGUGGGGAAAUGUCAGGUGUACAGAGUGAGGUCACAUUCAGCAUCUUGCUCAUUGGCAUACCAGGCUUAAGGAACCACGUGAUCUACUGUCAUUCCUAUCUGCACUGCUCACAGUGCUGCCACUCUUGCUGUCAUUGACAAAUCUGGCCAUAUAGCUUUCUAUCAAAUCAUCUGAGUCAUCAACAAGUACGGGGAGUAGUUGAGGCCCCAACACAUGCACUUGUGGGACACCGUUGGUCAUUGGCAGGAAAAUUUUAUGUUGUGAUGAAACUUCCUCUGGGCUCAAGUGGAAGCGGUGUUGCUACAUAUCACCAUUUGGUACCAUCAGUUUUACAUGGUGUGUAGUUGUUCUAUAAAUACUGGGGUUGUGGGCAGUGCUGGUAACUUGUCAUCUUAAUUGGUGAUGGGUUUUAAAAACACACACAUUCUAGAGUUGUUGGCUGACAUAGGUUGGGACAGCAACGUUCCUGCCAGAAUUGAUGUUGGGAAAAUUGUGACCUGUGUCGUAUUGGAACUGGGUGGGUGAGCGAAGCCAAACUGUCUGUUUAGCUGUGAUCUCCUUGUGGCUGAAUAGCCCAGUAACUGGAGAUUAAUUGAGAAUAGCACUUGGGUAAGAUACCAGCUGGUGUUUCAGGUAUGUGAAGCUUGCUGUGAGUCUAAUCCUUCCGAGCGUGACCAGUUGAGCAAAAAAUGGUACAAUACUCUGAGAGAGGGGUAAAUGUAACUGCCACAAUUCUCUUGUAAGUGUUCUGUACAAUCAAGUAUUUAUGGUUUUAUCAGUACAUGUUAGUACUCAACAUGUUUUAGUAUCUAGCCAGUCAUUUACAAUUCAUAACCAAUCAUAUUUUACCUGCUGGAUACUGGAUCAAGGAGCAUACUUCGUCAAUUUCUUGUACAAUUUCUUCAAUCAGUGGGGAGGUAAUGGCUUAGUGCACUGUUACUCCGAAGGUGAGAGUAUGUUGCUGGAAAAGCACAGCAGAUCAGGCAGCAUCCGAGGAGCAAGAGAAUUGACGUUUCAGGUCGGAGCCCUUCAUCAGGAAUUCCCGAAAUGUGGAUUUUUUUUUUUCCCUGCUCUUCAGAUGCUGCCUGACCUGUGCUUUCCCAGUAACACUCCCAACUCUGAUCUCCAGCAUCUGCAGUCUUCACUUCCUCCCUGUUAUUCUGAAUGCUCCCACAGCAUAUUUUAUUUUUAACUCAAUAAAAGAAAAAAACUGGAA